UCGAGUGUUCAUCACUGUUUUCUUCAGUAAGUUGCUCUUUGUUGGACAAACACCAUGAAGAAGUUAAACUGUUUUCAUCUCGACGACUUGAUGGAGGAGUUCGCUCAACUGGAGCAGACCACCUCACAGGUCAGUGGCAGGAACCAGCUGCUGGAGGUCGAGCUGGACGACGCCACCAGACUCGUUAACUUCUACCAGACCAAAGAGAAAAGUCUGACUGAAGAGAGAGACAGCCUUCUGCUCACAGUGAACAGUUUGCAGCAGACUCUGCAGGAGCAGUGCAACCUCAGAGUGGAGAACCAGAGACUGAAGAGGGACGUGGUCGACCUGAAGCGACAGAACGAGAGAACAGUGGAGGAUGGAGAAGCUGAGGUCCAGCAGCUGCUCGGUGUCAUGGUCACAAAGGACGAGAGACACAAGAGGGAGCUAGAGGCUGUAAGACAGAAGAGCAGGAGGGAGGCGGAGCUCGCCCAGAGGGAGGGUUCCAGUCAGGUUGAAGCCAAAGAUGCUGAAGUGAAGAAACUUCUGGAGAAGAAGGAUCUGCAUCUGGAGGAGAUGAAGAAGAGGCUGAAGGAUCAGGAGCGAGAGAGGCAGAGCGAGCUCCUCAAGUUACAGAUGGAGUUUGGUGCGAAGUUAGCCCGAGUUCAGAGCUCGGCUCAGUGGAAGGAGCAGCAGCAGCAGCAGCAGCAGCAGCAAGGAUCCAGCCUCCUUCCUCAGAGCGUCUUCAAGAGGAAGCUGCAGUUCAUCCAAGAGGAGAAGAACAAGGAGAUUGGGUUCCUGCGUCAGAGAAUCAAGGAGCUGGAGGAGAGCCAGCGCUCAGACAGCCGCCUGAAGAGGAGGAAGAUCUAGAUUGUGUCAAGGCCAGCGACGUUAACAAGCUCCAGACUCACUGGAGACACAAGUAACUCAACCAGUUCAGACUUUAUGGUUCAUUAGUUUCAUUUUGAAAGCACAAAGUGUAGAGGUCCCACUGCUUCUGAUGCACAGUCAUCCCUCACUAGAGCUGCAGUUUCACAGGUGAGCCGUGUGCAGAGAACACUUUCAAACAGUUUAAAGCUUUAAUCCAAUAGGACGGCAGCAGGGAGGCGACGCAGAGGAAGCAAUCAGAGAGUAGUUAGAAGUCCAGGAUCGUUCUAGGAAAUAAACCUAUUUGUCUUCUUUCAAUUAAAGGAAAACAAAUCAUUUAACGCUGACUCAGGUUCCUCAAAGUCAUAGUCUUCUGUCACUGAUGUGGACAAUCUAUACAAUGAUCAGAGUAUGUAUUGUAUUGUAUUAGUUAUUUACAUACAUAUAUUUAUUAUUUAAGAACAUGCAUGGUGUUGUUGUCAUUCUGAACAGUGAUACUCCAACUUUAUUGUUUUGAGCUGAACUCUAAAAGCCUGUGUUGAUAUUUGAUAGUUUAUUAAACUGGAGCAAUGUGAAGUUGA